AUGGGAAGAGGAAAGUUCAAGGGCAAGCCCACUGGCCGUCGCCAGUUCUCGACUCCUGAGCAGAUGAUGGCUGGUACCUGUGCUUCUCGUCCUCGUAUGUUUAAGAUGGAAGAAGCUGAGCUGGAAGAAGAGGAGAGAUCUGAGGAAGAAUCAGAGGAUGAAGCUGAAACUGAAAAGCAGAAAGGCACUCUGGGUAUCAUUCAGGUUGAAAAUCCAAAUUCGGCAAAACCAAAGAAUGUGAAAGUUCGAGAUAUCAAUAUGGAGAAAACUACUGAGCUUUCUAGGCGUGAAAGAGAGGAGAUUGAAAGAAAGAAAGCUCACGAAAGGUAUAUGAAGCUGCAAGAACAAGGAAAGACAGAACAGGCACGGAAAGAUUUAGAGCGUUUAGCCCUUGUACGACAAAGGAGAGCAGAUGCCGCUAAAAAGCGAGAAGAAGAGAAAACUGCCAAAGAGAAGUUGUUGGAAGCUCGCAAACUUGCUCCAAGAAUUAAUGUUAAGCAAGUUUAA